AUGGUGCAGUGUACGCCUACAAACACCUCAUUUCUCAUUCUAGCACUUAAUUACUCAAGUGUAUGUGUGUUCCUUCUGUACAGCGUGAACUAUGGCGAGGGAUUCAACUUACGAAGGGAUGUGUACAUGAGGAUGGCCACUUUGGUGAAGUCCUUGAAUGAAGAUGAACCUUGGUUGCUAGUGUUGCCACCAUGGGGUCGAAUUUAUCAUUGGCAAUCCAAAGACAUUAAACACCAGAACAAAAUUCCAUGGUCCUUGUUCUUUGAUGUGGCCAGCCUAAAGCGUUUCGUGCCAGUUGUAGAGUUCCAUGAGUUUUUGGCAAUGUCCAAAGAGCCAGUCAUUGAAGAGGUCUACUAUCUACAAAAUUACAAGGACUGGAAAGAAUGGGAAGAGAAAAUGGAAUUCAAACCUUGCAAUAAUGAAAACCAUUAUUAUUGGAAAAAUGUCGAGACUGGUUUUUGGGAAUCAUGGUUUUUCGGAUACGAGGAUAGAGUCUACGCUAAAAAGUUUCAAUGUGUUUCGUAUAUGGGACAUGCUGGUUUCAUGAAGCCAUUUCUUCUCAAAAAUACCACUGCUAGGUCGGUUAUGAUCGAACGAGCAGAGACCGCAUUACACGAUCGUUUUGGUGACACUAGCUAUUGGGAAGCACGAAGAAGUAUGGUUUUUGCUAAAGAACUACGCGACAUCGGUGACGAGUUCCGUGCCAAAUAUUUGGAUUCGAAUGACGACACUGACAAUACUGUUUUGGACGAAGAUUGGACAAAAAUGAAAAGAAAACAUGGAGAGGCCAAAGGUGGUCCAUAUUUAGCCGUGCAUUUACGAAGAAAAGACUUUUUACGUACGAAUCAUAAUGUUCCAUCUUUGAAACAUGCUGCCAAGCAGAUAAAACAUUUAAUGGACAAACACGAUUUAUCAAAAUUAUUCGUGGCCACGGAUGCCCCAAAGGAGGAAUUUGAAUCUUUUAGUGAGUUUUUAGAAGAGUUCGAAGUCUUUGCUUUCCGUCCUAAUGCUGAAGUAAAGAAGCAAUACAAAGAAGGUGGUUUAGCCAUUAUCGAUCAAUGGAUUUGUGCUCAUGCAAGAUUUUUUAUUGGAACUCAGGAAUCUACUUUUUCGUUUAGGAUCCAAGAGGAGAGAGAAAUCCUUGGAUUUGAUACCAAAAUGACUUUCAACAGACUUUGUGAUGAUGAAGAAGAAAUGGAUUGUGAACAACCUUCUAAAUGGACCAUUGAAUAUUAG